AGGGCCACGCGAAGAGGGCGAGCGCACAAGUUGGGAGCGGGCUGCGGACACCGGAACCGCGCGAAUGUGGCGGCGGUGGGCACUGCUGGCGCUGCUGGCGCUGGCUGCGGCGGCGGGCGAGCGGCCCAAGAGACUCGCCGUCUUCCGCAAAGGCAGCACGUUCUUCUACCGGCUCAACUACAAGGUCGGCGCGCUGCCCUACACCAGCACGUUCGCGCAGGCCUCGGGCUUCAAGGUCGGCUGGCCGCUGCCCCAGGCCACGGCCGGCCGCCGCCGCCAGGGGCUGUCGGCGCUCGAGCUGCGCGACGGCGCCCGGCUGCUCUACGACAGACACGGCCUCGACGGCCCGGCGUGCCUGACGCGCAGCCUCUGCCAGACGAUGCGGCUGCUGAGCAAGCAGGACGGGGCGCUCGCCAAAGUGCUGCACCUAAUGGCUGGGUCUAACGGGGCCAACAACGCCACGUCGCUGCUCGAUCCACUCGUCUGCAGGAAUUACGCCAAUCAUUGCCCGCUGCACUCGCUCGGCUUCGCCGCGUUUGCGCAGCGAUGAGUGCCGCCUGCCCUCGCCCCGUCGCUCCGCGCUCGGCGCUCCUCAUUAGCAGCCAACCGGAUUUUCCGAAAUCCGCUCCAUGUGUACUCGAUUCAAUAAAG